AUGUCAAGGCCUCUCACGCAGCUCCUACCCCCGGAUCUUCCAGCAGGGGCCACCAGUCCGAAGUUUGGGGCCGCGAACCCUGCCCUCGCCGGCUCCCAGGGCAGUCCCCUCACGUCUAUGACCAGCCUCAAGUCUCUGCUGCAGCUGCCAAUCAAAGCCGACUCCAGAGGACCCAAGGACUGCUGCGAGAUGAAAGACAAAGACAAGCCUCAGGACUCCGAUGAGGAAUCUUCCCAGAGUGCGGGCAGUGCGGGCAGUGCGGGCAGUGCUGGAGGCCCCGGCUCGGUGGGAGGGGGCCCGGCCUCUGGGCCACAACGAUCCAGCUCUCAGUCCGCCUUCCUGGGGCCCAUGCUGUGGGAGCGGACCUUGCCCUGUGACGGGGGUCUGUUCCAGCUGCAGUACAUGGACCUGGAGGAGUUCCUCACGGAGAACGGGAUGGGCAUGCAACACAAUGGGGCCAGCUCCACCAGCGCCCAGAUCCCUUCUCAGAGUUCCCAGUCGGCCGUGCCCAGUCAGAGCUCGCAGUGUCCCCCCUCCUCCCCUCCUCCCUGCUCCUCUUCCUCCUCCAUGUCCUCCUCUUCCUCCUCCUCCUCUCUUCUGGGACUGGAGACCGUUCAGCCACAGCAAAGCAUGAUGGGAGGUCCUGAGUGUAUACACGGAGGCCAGUCGGUGCCACAGGACGCCUCCCCCUCCACCACCUGCCCACCCGGCCCCCCCACCCCCGCCGGCACCAACGGCAGCUCCGACGUCAUGGUGAACUUCGACCCUGACCCCGCGGACCUGGCCCUGUCCUCGGUGCCGGGACAGGACGCCUUCGACCCGCGCAGACACCGCUUCAGCGACGAGGAGCUCAAACCGCAGCCAAUGAUCAAGAAGGCCAGGAAGAUGCUGGUGCCCAACGAGCAGAAGGACGAGAAGUACUGGAACCGCCGCGUGAAGAACAACGAGGCCGCCAAGAGGUCCCGGGACGCUCGGCGACUCAAAGAGAACCAGAUCACCGUCCGAGCCGCCUUCCUGGAGCGAGAGAACGCCGCUUUACGCCAAGAAGUGGCCGACAUGCGGAAAGAGCUGGGCCGCUGUCGAAACAUCAUCAACAAAUACGAGAAUCGCCACGGAGACUUGUGA